UUUUUUUGUCUGUUCUGUGUGAACUUGCUGUCAUAGGGUUACCAAAGUGCGCAGAGGCAUAGAGGCACAUUUCACGCAUUACGUGGAAAGAGCCGCAUCUACGUGCGCGACAUUCAUCAGUUUCAGUCCGGAAAAGCAAGACGAGCGAGAAUAUUAUUUGCAAUUCUUAUUUUGAAGAGAUGUUGCAUUCAAAGUUUCAGGGAUACGAUCAUAUUGUUUUAGGAAUUAUUUGAUUGAGUGAUUGAAUUAUUUCAGCCAAAAAUGCGGCCCACUAUGCUUUUGUUAUGCGUGUUUACGGUCGUAACUCUGUUUUCCUAUUCCCAUUGUGCAGUUAGAGUCUGUAAAAGUUGCGAUCGAAAGGUGCCUCCCCAGCCUGAGGAUGAGGACCUUUAUCAUUUGGAACAUGCAGACCCUUGUCAUGAUGUUGAGCUAAUAUCACAGGGAACGAGGGAUGAUCGUCAGAGAAUGGUGAAUAAUGCAGCGCAUGAAAAAUGUUGCACUCUCGUAGAGCUGUACAAAAAGUCUAAAAUGUAUGAUGAGAAGAAGUCUGCAUGCCCAGGCGCUGUGUGCAGCGGUUGCAUUCAGUACCCAAAUUUAUUUGGGGAUAUGAGGUUCAAAUGUAGGAUUGAAUGGUACAGUUCUACCGGAUGGUUCAAAGCCUUGCCUAACCAAAAUACUUUGGCUUGUUGCGUUGCGGACGAUGUUGCCAGGUAUGAAAAAAUACAUAGGACGUACGGCGCCGCCUACCCUGUUUCGGCGACACCGAGAGCGAACCCGAAAAUUCAGCGCCCCUCUACCUCCACCUCAACCUCCACCUAUGCUCCGGUCUUUGCCCCUGCCCCUGCCCCCGCCUCCGGGAAGGGAACAUCGAGAUUGACGAAGGAACGAAGACAUUCUCAAAGUCCUCCGAAGACUGAGCGUGGUCGCACGAUUACCCGAAAAUCCAGUGAUAGCUCCUGGUUUGCCGGAAACAAGAAAAGUUCUGGAAGAAGUAAGAGCCACAGUCCGUCCUCGCUAAGUCGACCUCUUUUAGAUUGCAACUUUGAUUAGUCCGUAAUACCAAAUGUUUAUAAAUUACUACCAUAACAAUUACUAUCAUAAUAAUAGUUAUAUUUUCAUAAUUAAGCACCUCUAUAAAGGGAAUUUUAAUACAAGGGGGGAAACAAAUAAUAUAUUGUAAAUAAAUUAAAUAUGUAGGUUUCACUUAGCAUGUAACACAGGCCUUCGGGCUGUGGCCUGUCUACCACAGUUCC